AUAUGAAAUAGCCAUGUUGAUUCAAGCACACAUAAUAACUUGACUUCCCUCCUUCCUUCUUUCCGUAAUUGAGAAUUAAAGGCCACCACCGUGUUCUCGCAUCAUCUCUUCGCUCUCUCUAUUCCGUUCCGAUCAGCGCCAUCACGCGCGCAUAACUAACUUAUCAUGGCGGUGGCACCGACUCAAUUCAUCUCAAUCUUCUUUCUAAUUCUACACCUCAUAAACUUCGCUCUCUCUAUUAACCCCAACAACCUCUUACUCUUCCCAAAAACUCAUCGUAACGCCUCUCGUGACUCUCGUCCCGCCAUGAUUCUCCCUCUGCAUCUUUCUCCACCAGUUUCUUCAAUCUCAUCGUUCAAUCCUCGCCGUCAACUCCAGAGAUCCGAAUCACAACACCAUCCUAACGCUCGUAUGCGACUCUACGAUGAUCUUCUUAUAAACGGAUACUAUACGACGCGGCUUUGGAUCGGUACUCCUCCGCAGAGAUUUGCGCUUAUUGUUGAUACGGGGAGUACUGUUACGUAUGUUCCUUGUUCUACUUGUGAACACUGUGGUAGACACCAGGAUCCGAAGUUCCAGCCUGACUUGUCGGAAACUUAUCAACCGGUAAAAUGCACACCGGAUUGCAACUGUAACAAUGACAGGACGCAGUGUAUGUAUGAUAGACAAUAUGCUGAAAUGAGUAGUAGCAGUGGAGUCCUUGGUGAGGAUGUUGUGUCCUUUGGAAAUUUGAGUGAGCUUUCUCCCCAACGUGCUGUCUUUGGUUGUGAAAACGAUGAGACUGGUGAUAUCUAUAGUCAGCGAGCUGAUGGCAUCAUGGGUUUGGGUCGUGGAGAUCUAAGUAUCAUGGAUCAAUUGGUUGAUAAAAAGGUAAUAAGUAAUUCAUUCUCACUAUGCUAUGGUGGAAUGGAUGUUGGUGGAGGUGCUAUGAUUCUUGGUGGAAUAUCUUCCCCAGCAGACAUGGUCUUUACACAUUCAGAUCCUGAUAGAAGUCCAUAUUACAAUAUCAAUUUGAAGGAGCUACAUGUUGCGGGGAAGAAAUUGCAGCUAAACUCAGAUGUUUUUGAUGGGAAGCAUGGAACUGUCUUGGAUAGUGGCACUACUUAUGCAUACCUACCAGAAGUUGCAUUUAUUGCUUUUAAACGUGCUAUUAUGAAGGAACACAACUCUUUGAAGCAAAUUAGUGGUCCAGAUCCAAAUUAUAAGGAUAUAUGUUUUUCUGGUGCUGGAAUAAAUGUCUCUCAACUCUCUAAAAGCUUUCCAGUCGUUGACAUGGUAUUUGAAAGUGGUCACAAGUUGUUGCUAUCUCCUGAAAAUUACUUGUUUCGGCAUUCAAAAGUACGGGGUGCAUAUUGUCUGGGGGUUUUCUCAAAUGGAAGGGAUCCAACUACUCUUUUAGGAGGUAUCUUUGUCCGUAACACUCUUGUUAUGUAUGAUCGUGAGAAUUCAAAAAUUGGUUUCUGGAAAACAAAUUGUUCCGAGUUAUGGGAAAGACUACACGUCUCUGAUGCCCCACCACCAGUGCCUUCAAAUUCAGAUGUAACAAAUUUAACCAAAGCAUUUGCGCCUUCGGUUGCUCCAUCUGCGUCGCAGCAGGAUAAUAUUCAUCAAGGUGAACUCCAAAUUGCUCAAAUAACAAUUGCCAUUUCAUUUAACAUGAGCUACACGGAUAUGAAGCCUUACAUUACAGAGUUAGCUGAACGCAUAGCUCAUGAGUUAGAUGUUAAUACAUCGCAGGUUCACUUAAUGAAUUUUUCUUCACUUGGAAAUGGGUCCCUUUCUAGAUGGGUCAUAACCCCAAGGCCAUAUGCGGAUUUCUUUUCGAAUACCACUGCAACGAGUAUGAUAUCCCGGCUCUCUGAACAUCGCAUGCAACUUCCGGACACAUUUGGAAGUUAUAAGUUGCUUGAUUGGAAUGCUGAGCCUUCAUCAAAACGGACCUGGUGGGAGAAAUAUUAUUGGGUUGUGGGUUUAGCGGUUUUGCUUACAAUGCUUCUUGGGGUAUCAGCCUUGGGAAUAUUCUUAAUUUGGAAAAACAGACAGAAAGCAGAGCAUUCAUAUAAGCCCGUUGAUGCAGCUGUUCCAGAGCAGGAACUUCAACCAUUAUGAGCUCCGUUUGGACUGCUGCUGGAUAACUGUUUCCCGAAUUAGUGUGGCGAUUACGAGCAAUUUAUACAACCAUAGUAUUCGCUCUUCAAGAUUUUUAUUUCAAAGAUAUCAGGCUGUCUAUUUUGAUGUUUCAAAACCCUGAUAAAUGUACAGUAAGGAAUUAUUAUUUUUUUAGGCAAAGUGAGUUUAUUUCAUUUCAUUAGCAACAAUAAGCAAAAAUACAAUGGGGAAUAGAGUAAUAACUGCAGGGGCUAGACUCUAAUGUGGACUUAGCUAAACUAUGUGCAACUCUAUUUGUUUGCCUCAUGAUGCCGCCAAGCUUAUACAGUAAGGAUUAUUUAGAAGUUGUAUAAUCUACAGAUGCAAUUUUGUUUGUGGCAUUUCAAUAUAUAGGUGAAUCAAAAGGUGGAAGCACCAUUUCGCAUA